ACCGUACUGUAUUUCCUUGUUUGUUUGGUUUUUUUGUGUUUGCUGCUCCCUGAUUGUGAGGUGCGUGGUUGAGUGGUCUGUUCGUAACUUUGAGGUUCUGCUGUAUAAACACAGUCCCUGCCCCAGGGGUCUAGGAGCAUUAUCUAGUGGUUAUAGCAAGAGACUGUGAGUCAGAGGACCGGUUUUAUUCCCAUCUCUCUCAUGGACUCCCUUUGUGACUUUGGGCAAAUCACAUUUCUUCUCUGUGCCUCAGUUUCACCCGCUUCAAAAUGGGUGCAAUAAGUACCCACUUCCCAGAGGGUUGCCAUGGCUAACUAAUGAAUGGCUGUAGGAUGAAAGGCAUUACAGAAGGGCAAAGUGUUUAAUUUUUGCUAAGCAAGGAAAAAAAGAAACAGGUUCAGGUUUCUUUUCUUUAUUAUGAUGAAUGUUAACUGUUUAGUUGGGAUUUUAUUGAGAGCAUCGUUUUUUCUGAACUGCUGUUUUGACGUCUGUUUAUUUUCUUUCCAUCUGAGCCCAGCACUGACCAAUGAAGUCAUUGUUACAAUGCACACAUAGUGUAAGUUCUAUACUUUGGUCUAAAUAUCUUCUCUUCCUGCUUAACCCAGUUAUCUAUCUAAUCUAGCUACUUAACCUAACUACCUACUUCUGUUUACGCAUCUCCUCUGUCUACCUGCCUGUGUACAUACGCAGUCCAGCACCCGCUUACCCAAACUAUCUACUGAACCUAGCUACCUACUUAAUCUGUUUAACCUAAUUUAAUCUAGCUACCUAGCUAUUCUGUCUACAUGCUUCUUUACACAACCCCAACUAAUCCCUGCCUACCUACCCACUUAACCUAUGUACCUACUUAAUCUACUUCCCUGCCUACCUUUAUACCUAAUUAUCUAUUUACUUCCCUAUUUAAUACUAUUUACCUACCUGCUCUGUCUACAUAACCUAUCUAGCUAAUCUACCUACCUAAUCUAUUCUAGGCAUUUAUAAUGUGCCCAUCACUGUAGCAUCUAGGCAGCAAUAUCUGUAUAUGCCAAUUUAAGUUAUACCUGAAGCACUGCGUACUUUCUCCCUGUUGCCCCAUGCCAAGGGGGAGACGGUUUUCACUGUCCAGCAUGCACCAGCCUGAAAUCAUUUCUCUGUGCUAAUGAGCGUUAAGCUGCAGUUUUUCCUUUUGCAUAGUACAUCUGACCUGCUGAGAUCCAAAGAUGCCAUUUCCAGCGAGAGAUGGGUCUGAGCAGCAGUAGUUCAGAUCUGGGAUCCGAACAGCCUCAAAACUCAGGGCAGCUCAGAUCCAGAGGUUUAGUUUGGCCCAUGAUAGAGACAAGCCACCAGUCACAACACCCAGAUCUGGGUUCAGACUUGCCCAGCAUUCAUGGUUCUUGGAUCUUGAAUUCUGGCCCAGGCCACUGUCUGUUUAAAUUAUCAAAAAAAAAAAAAAGUUUAAAAUUAUGUGGCCUUUUAUUUCUGUUGGUUACUUAAUUAGGAGCAAGAGAAGAAACCCAAGCUAGUGUUAGAAGCAGGAGGCAGGAUGGAUUACAGAGAUAGUUGACUUUUUUAUUAGUGCAAUUUAUCUUUUGUAAAAUUUAACCUUCCCCUGAACAAAAAGUGAGUGGUGGCAGGGUAGCAUGUGUAUACUAAACAUGUCAGCUAAGUCAGUCAUUCAGAAUGAGAUUGCAUGACCAGGAAUGCAUUGUAACCUCACUUGGUUUUCACUGUUGGCAGCUCUGCGAUAAAGGUAUUUAUAGAAGAUGGGACCAGGGGCUGGGGGAUAUUGUAACCACUAGGUUUCUGUGGUUUAAUUUACCGCUGUUAGUGGGGAGGAGCCUGAGCCCCACUUCUCUGCACCAGCAAUUGUUAAGUGGAGCCCAGAGCCCCCUGAUUCCCAGAGAUUCAUUCUGUGCUUCACCGGCAGAGGGGAUUGGCUUUCUCACCUGCCGUACCGCCUCACACUCUGUUCCUUCAGCAGCACACAGUCUUUAUCCCCUACUUUUAUUACAGGGUUUCCAGAGGUAGGAUCCCUAAAUCCAGGCUCCAGUAAUAUGUCUCAGUGGAGGCUGGAGUGAACAGGCUUUGAUGCUACAGUGAUGGGUGCUAUAGAAAACCCAGAGACAGAGAGAGACCCUUACAGGGUCCUGGGGGUGGGGCCUAACAGGGGAUGGGGAUCUGUUGAGCAGCUCUGAUUCACAGCUAACCGAGCGAGAGGAUGGUGGGCUUUGUUUUAUAUUCAGGCUAGGCGGUGGCAUCUGUCCCCAGUGCCCAAAGCUGCGAGUUACACGCUUCAGUCACGCCCACCAUACCCUGGCGUAGUGCACUAUAAGGCCAGCUUCCGAUUUGGUGACUGUAUUAAUUGUGUGUUCUCCCCACUAAGCGUGUGUGUGUGUGUGUGCGUGCGUGCGUGCGUGCGUGCGUGGGGGGGGGGGGAGGGAAUACAAAAGACUGAACAGUCCUGCUACUGGAGCAGAGAAACAAUCCCACUAGCCAUGCAGAGCUUGGAGAAGAGUUGAUAGCGGAGCUCAGUACAGGCGUGGCAGGAAUGUCCUACAGCUGGCACCAGGGAACAGCGUUUGCUGCAGAGACCCAGAUCCUCAACUGGUGUAAAUCAGCGUCUCUCUUUUGAACGCAGUGGAGCUAUGCCAAUUUACACCACUUGAGGAUCUGGCCCCAUAUAUAAGUACAGGAUGAGAGCCAGGAGAAAGUUGUUUCUGGCACAAUGGCCAGGCUGCAUUUGCGAUCACUCCUGGCCAUGCAUCUGGAACCACUCGUCUGAACUUCUAUGCGCCCUAAUUCCCCACCCUGACUCAGCAGCGCGAUAUUACCAGCCUGGUACAAAGUCCUCCCAUAGGCUGCUUUCGCUGACUCGGUCACCCCUCUGAAGCUGUAAGGCCACUGGCUGCAGCAUAUUGCACUGGUGUGCAUGAGCCAGACACAGGCUCUCUGCCGUUGCACCAAUAAUCUCACAGCCAGGAUGUAAGCCAGCCCUGGGAAGGCUGCUCCCCAGGAUUAUCAAUCCAGCAGCACGUGUGCACAGUUCAGCUAAUUGACUCUUACUCUGCCCUCUCUCAUUUUCUCCCUUGCUUCAAGGCCUUGAGACGAAGUAUGUGGACAUCUUGAGAUUCCAGGCCCCAGGGAGUGGCUCUCCAGUGACCAGAAUCUCUUCCGCCCCUCACUGUAACAGGCUCUCGGUGCGCCAGCUCUUCAGGAAUCUCUUUGGGCUCAGGCAGAGCGCGCAGGAGGGCCCAGAAACCAGAGCAGACGCACAAGAGCAGGGGAACGUCGGGGACCUAGAAGAAAACAGCUCCCUGGUGCCUGCUGGGGCUGAGUCUGAGACCGGCGAGCCAGCAGGCAAAGAGCUAACAGGCAACCACCCGACCAAUGAGCUCUGUGGAGAUGCAACGGGCGACCGUAUGGGGGAGAUCCUUGGAGAGCUGAAGGAUAUCAGUCUUGGGGGCACCCCUUCCAGCCAUGGCAGGAGAUCCUCUCCUAUGCUGAACCCCACUGGCAUGGAGAUGGGAGACUCUGGUGACUGGGCCUUGUCAGACCUCUCUGAGAGCUGUAGCUGCAUUGACACCAGCGUGGAUGAGGAGGAGAAGCAGAGCAUGGGAAGUGGAGCAACAGGAGAGCCGCGUGGGCAAUGCUCUGAGACAGGAGAUGCAGGAGGAGCAUCUGCUGAGAGAUGGCCCCUGGGGAGCAGACCCUCGCUGUUCCAGCUUGUUAGGAACCUCUUUGGGCUCAGGCAGAGUGUGCAGGAGGGCCCAGAAACCAGAGAAGAUGCUCAAGAGAGGGAGGACUUCAGGGACCUACAAGAAAACAGCUCCCUGGAGCCUGCUGGGGCUGAAUCUGAGACCAGCGAGCCAGAGGUCAAAGAGCUAACGGGCGACCACACAACCGAUGAGCCCCGUGGAGAUGCAACAGGCAACCGCAUGGAGGAGAUCCUGGGAGAACUGAAGAAUAUCAGUCUUGGGGGUGCCCCUUCCAGCCAUGGCAGGAGAUUCCCUCCUAUGCUGCACCCCAGUGGCAUGGAGAUAGGAGACUCCGGUGGCUUUGUCAACACUGCUGUGGACAAAGAUAAAACAGCCCAGAAUCCGUGCAGCGGAAUCUCUGGCAGGGAGGCAGAGAGGAUGGGAGAAGCGUCUGGUGACACAGGAACAUGGGGAAAGGCUGGGACCUCCCAGGUUCUGCAUGCUGACAACGAAGGAAUCACACUGACUGCAGGACCCCUGGCAAUGACCCCCAAGGACUUCCAUGCCAAGAAGGAGCGAGAGCGCCUCCUGAAAGAGGAUCUAAAUGGAGGAUCUCCAAAGGCAGAGCUGUCUCCAUGGAACAAACUCAUCAACAUGUACAAGCAGGGACGGAAGCUUCCUGUUCCUAAGGAAAACCCAGUGCAGCUGGAAAUGGAAGAGGGAUCCACUCUGAAUCUAACUGUUUAUGAAUUUGCAACAUCCGAGCCUCGUCUCAUCUCUUCAAAAUCCUCCAGUACUGCUCUGAUCUGCAGGUUUCCUGAUGGCAGCACUGGGGAAGCUGUUGGCCACUUCGGGAGAGCCCAGGUAGACCUGAGGACAAAUGGACUGGGAGCUCCUGAAGAAGACUGAGAGCCUUUCUCCUAGAAGAGAUGGGACAGUGGCCCCAAGACCAAGCUUAUGUUUUGAGUCUGCAAGCCCCCUUCAUCUGGCAGAUGAAGAUGAAGAAAGAAGAUUGAGACCUGUUCUUUGGUCCCCACCAGGCUGGUGUCUGGGACAAGGCCUGUUAGCUGCAAGCUUGUUCCUGUUUCCUCUUUCAGUGUCUAUGCCUUCCCCCUUUGAAUGUUUAUCCCCUUGAUUCUCCCAUCUCUGCCACCUGAGGGAUGACCCUAUCUGUACUAGGCUGGAAUCCACUGUAUUUUUAGAGUAAGUGUUUUACAUUGAUUGAUUGUUCUCAGUACCCCCUAAACUCACAGACUCCACCCUCCUUAUUAAAUGCAGUUCU